CGCGGCGGUGACGCGCGCGGGGCGCGGGCAGGAUGGGGCGCUGAGGGGCGGCCGGGCCGGGCCGGACACCCCGCGGGAGCCGCCGGGCGAGCGGAGCGGGCGGUGGUGAAAAAGAAAAUACCAAGAUGAGUAAAAAGCCUCCAAAUCGUCCUGGAAUCACAUUUGAGAUUGGUGCUCGUUUGGAAGCACUGGACUAUUUACAGAAAUGGUAUCCAUCUCGUAUUGAGAAGAUAGAUUAUGAAGAGGGGAAGAUGUUGGUCCAUUUUGAACGCUGGAGUCAUCGCUACGAUGAGUGGAUUUACUGGGACAGCAAUAGAUUGCGACCUUUGGAGCGACCAGCAUUAAGGAAAGAGGGCCUAAAAGAUGAUGAAGAAUUUGUUGAUUUUAAACCUGGAGAGGAAGUCCUAGCUCGUUGGACAGACUGUCGAUAUUACCCUGCAAAGAUCGAAGCCAUUAAUAAAGAAGGAACGUUCACAGUACAGUUCUAUGAUGGUGUCAUUCGAUGUCUUAAAAGGAUGCAUAUCAAAUCUAUGCCAGAGGAUGCAAAAGGGCAGGCGCGCGAGAGGGAGCAGAUAGCGCCGGAGCUGAGAUUAGUGACGGAAAUCGAACCAAAAGAAGAUUGGAUAGCUUUGGUCAAAGCUGCUGCAGCAGCAGCAGCCAAGAACAAAGCAGGAAGUAAACCCAGAACCAGCGCAAACAGCAAUAAGGAUAAAGAGGACAGAAAAUGGCUAAAAGUCCCUUCAAAAAAGGAAGAAACCUCAACCUCUACAAUCAUGCAGGAUGUCCAGAAAAAGGAAGAGGAGCCUACAUCUAGUGAAACAUUUGAUGUAGGGUUUCCUGUAGUGGAUGUUCCAAAGAUGGCCUUUGUGCAGGCAGAGAGCACGUUAUCACACAAGAGGAAAAGUAAUCUAGGCAACUCAUUUCAGGCCAAGAGAGCUCGUCUUAACAAGAUCACUGGUUUAUUGGCAUCCAAAGCUGUUGUUGCGGAUGGUGCUGAAAAAAAGGAAGGCAACAAAGAAACAGCUCCAGUCCUGGAGCAGGAGAUUUCACCUAAACCACAAAGUCAGAAAAAAAAUGAAGCUGAUAUUAGCAGUUCUGCCAACAUUCAGAAACCUGCACUGUUAUCCUCAACUUUGUCUUCAGGAAAGGCUCGCAGCAAGAAAUGCAAACAAGAAUCUGGAGAUUCUUCUGGGUGUAUAAAGCCCCCUAAAUCACCACUUUCCCCAGAAUUAAUACAAGUCGAGGAUUUGACGCUGGUCUCUCAGCUUCCUUCUUCUGUGAUUAAUAAAACUAGUCCAUCACAGCCAGUGAAUUCCCCUAGAUCCUACAAACAUAGCCAGCGGAGAAGAAGAUCACAGCGUUUAGCCACUUGCUCCUUGCCUGAUGAUUCUGUAGAAAAAGUUUCUUCUCCCUCUUCAGUUACUGAUGGAAAAGUGUUCUCCAUCAGUGGUCAAAACCAACAGUCAUCAAAAUUGGAGGUACCUGAUGUUGCUCAUAUGUCACUUGAGAAGCGUGGAACAUGUCUCCCUCUUGAUUUAAGCCGUAGUUCGGAAGUUACAGCGCCAUUAUCCACAGAAUCCACUUUCUGUAAUGAAUAUCCCACUAAAGACAAGGAAGAUUUUCAGAUGGUUACAUAUCUUUCUUCUAAAGCAGUAACUGAUGGAAGAGUAGCUACAACAGCGUCAGGUGCAGCGAAAGUGGAAAGAAAAGGAAAACUGGAAGAGAAAAGUUCUUCAGCGUAUGGUAAAAAGAAAGAAAAAGAAAAGGAGAAAAAAGAGAAAAAGGAAAAAGAUCAUAAACCAAAACAGAAAAAGAAGAAGAAAAAAAAGAAGAAAUCUAAGCAGCAUGAUUAUUCAGAUUAUGAAGACAGUUCUGUUGAAUUCUUGGACAGGUGCUCCUCUCCCUUAACCCGGUCGUCGGGCAGCUCCCUGACUUUGCGCAGCAUGUUCUCGGAUAAGAACACAACCUACCAGUAUCCAAGAGCUAUUUUGUCUGUUGACCUUAGUGGAGAAAACCUUUCAGAUGUGGAGUUCUUGGACGAUUCUUCCACAGAGAGUUUGUUACUUAGUGGUGAUGAAUACAAUCAGGAUUUUGAUUCAACUAACUUUGAAGAGUCUCAGGAUGAAGAUGAUGCUCUCAAUGAAAUUGUUAGAUGCAUUUGUGAACUGGAUGAAGAAAAUGGCUUUAUGAUUCAGUGUGAAGAAUGCUUGUGUUGGCAGCACAGUGUAUGCAUGGGACUGUUGGAGGACAGCAUUCCAGAUCAGUACAUCUGUUACAUCUGCAGAGAUCCACCAGGAGAAAAAAGUCAUUCUCAAUGUCAGUAUUUUAAAGUGUAUUGGGAUAAUGGGCAAAAAGGAGAUAGACAGGGUAUUCUCCUGAAAGGACAAAGGUGGAGUGCCAAAUAUCUUUAUGACAAAGACUGGCUAAACAAUGGACACAUGUGUGGAUUAUCAUUUUUGAAAGAAAACUACUCUCAUCUUAACGCCAAAAAGAUUGUGUCAACACAUCACCUACUGGCAGAUGUUUAUGGUGUCACUGAAAUACUGCAUGGGUUGCAGUUGAAGAUCGGGAUAUUAAAAAAUAAACAUCACCCAGACCUUCAUCUCUGGGCUUAUUCAGGGAAGCGAAAAGAACAAGAACAAAGAACUGUUGGGGUAGAGAAAAAAUUAGUAACUUUACAGGAUGCUGUUAAUCCAGCUGAAAGGACGUGUCAUAGUCAAAACCAUAAAGAGCCACCCAGUAUACCCCCGAAGAUGGAAGAAACAUACAUCACAAGUGAGCACAGUUACCAAAAACCACAGAGUUUUAGUCAAGACUACAAAGCAGUCACUGACCCUAUGAGCUCAGAUGAUGAAGACACAAGUAGUUUUGAGGAAGAUCAGGAAUUUCACACAGAGAAUAAAAACUGUUUACAAUAUUCUUUUAAAGAUGGUGGCAUGAGUGAGCAGAAGAAUUCUGCUGAAGGAAACACAGUGUUUGUUUGUAAUGAAAGAAAAGGCUCAGAAGAACAAGUGGACACACAUCUUCAAUGGCAGCUAAAUCUCCUUACCCACAUAGAGAAUGUACAGAACGAAGUCACCAGCAGAAUGGACCUGAUUGAAAAAGAAGUUGAUGUUUUAGAAAGCUGGCUUGAUUUCACUGGAGAACUGGAACCACCAGAUCCUCUGGCAAGAUUGCCUCAGCUCAAGCGGCGUAUCAAACAGCUCUUAAUUGACAUGGGGAAAGUACAACAAAUAGCAACGCUUUGCUCUGUAUGACAAAAGGAAGAAUAAAGAAAUAAAAAUAGGUUCUUUACAGUGAAUUUUCUUACUAGCCACAAGACUGACAGGAAGACAGCGAAAAGCUGAGCAUUUAUCUGGUUCUUUGCUGAUUACAUUAAUAGUCUGAAGCUUUAGAAAGAGGAGAGGAAGUUUAGAGUCAGGGAUCUGUUAUAUUGAAAAAAAUUAAAAUUUUCAAUGGUGUAUGAUAUACUGAGAAAUAUCAAUGUCUCAGGAUUUCAAUGUGUUAAACAAGUAAAUCCCUGUAUACAAGAAAGUUGAACAAAGAAAAACUCUGCAAAGAGCUACUAUUUUUAAACCUUUGGCAAACAUUUCUAAAUUAGCAGAAUUCAGCUGACUAAAAAUUCAAUCCUCUUAUCUUACUAGUGAAAGAUAGACACAGAGAGAUCUCUAUUCUCUCUACAAGGAAAGUUUUUAGAUUAUUUUCUUCUCAUGAGGUUCAGGAAGAUGAACAUACUAGCUUUGAUUUUUGAAAGAAAUUACUUAUCAUGGUUUCCUUUUGAAAAUAUUUUUUUACAUAGAAAUCCCUAGAACAGCACCCCUAGGCUCCUUUAAAACAUAAGUGGCAAAUACUGGUCAGAUGUGCCAAAUGAUAUUAAAACCACUGGAAUGAGAGUUCGAUUAUGACUUACGUGAAGGUUUUUUUCCAAAGUCCUACUCGGUGCCAGCAAUCCAUCCAAAAUUGUAUCUAGUUUAUAUUUUUUUAUGUUCUACUGCAGUAUUCAGGAGUUGAGGUACAGAUUUUGUCCUGGGUAGCUCUGUUCUGGUAUUGGCCCUCUGAAAACUUCACCAUCCUCAGCUGGGAUGAGGAAUGACGAGAGCAGCAAAACUGUCUGUGGCUGUGAAAAUUCUAAACCACUGGAGAAAAUAUCACAAGAUACCUUAUCCAAGAUGUUUUUUUAUAAAAUCUUUCAGCUUCAGUAAACGAAAUGUCAUGAAACCAAAGGCAGCCUACUUGCUCUGUUAGCUCGUGCUGGAUUUUGAGCCCAGGACUUUUCCUGUGGUUAUAAGUUGCCGCUGGAUCCAGUGCUACUUACACGUCUGUAUGUGUAUGUAUGUGUGGACAGACACACAUGUACAUAUAUACAUACUAUAUACAUUUCUAUCUACACAUGUCUAGUUUUAGUACAAUAGACUAAAAGAACUGGUGGUUCAUGUUACCUUUUAACAAGCAGUUUCUAAAAUUGAAAAUAAUGUAUGUACAGGUUUUGAAAUUUGUAAAAUAUGACUGUUAAAAGGAGGCUAUUUAACUGAGGACAUUAAGAUACUUGAACAUUUUAUGCCUCACAUCUGUUUAUCAGUUCUAGUUAUCUGUAUAAAUGCAUUUUAGAACCGAUAGACAGUAAACUUGAAUUUACCUUUUGAUAAGAGUACAAGCCACUGUACAUUCAAAAAUUAUUUAAAUUUGCAAACACACUGUUCUAUAUGUAAGGUACUGUAUGUAAAACUGUUUAUUAAAACUAUUCUGCAUAUUCUACAUUUUCCACUUUUCUUCCUGAUCUACAUAUAAAUGUAAAAAAGAAAUGAUUGUUAUUAUGUACAGACCAUCAAAAAAUCUUGGAAUGCCUUUUAAGGAUACAUACUAUUGAAAAAUGUGCCAAAGAUGGAUUAUCUGGGAAAGACUUUGCAACCAUUGCAUUGAACUUUCAUGAUAAAACCAUUAUUGAGAAAGAAAACAGCGUGACUGGUUCAUUGCUAAAAUAAACCUACCCUGACCUUUCCUGUUUGUCUAUCAUAUCUGAAGUGAGUUAUCACUCCUGAUGGCCAAAGCAAAAUGUAAAUCUCUAUUACAGAAUGGUUGCUAUUUAAAAAAUCUUCCCACAUCAAGCUUGUAGGAGACAUCACAGGGCUGCGUGGUAACAUGGAAAUAUGGAACGGUUGGCAACUCCAUAUUGCAGAAGGAACAUAAGAGCUGAGGAGCUGUUGAUGUUUCAUAGCAACUGUUAAUAAAUAAAAUAACUCUGUGUUAUAUAGUUGAUGCUUAAAUAACUGCUUCAAACAAUAUGAAUAAUUGAGUGACCUACUUGCUUUUGGAUAUGUGAGACUUUUUAUAUACUAUUCACUUGCUGCAUAUCCUUGAAUGUGGUACUGUGUGUACUGUAUAAGAGAAGUGUAAAUCCAGAUGAGUUACUUUGAAACAAAGUGGAGUGUAUUUACAGAAUUUAUACAGCAUACACUGUAGCACUAUUAUGCAAUGUGUGUGCACGCAUGUGAUGUAAUAUAAUUGUAAAUGUUACUGAAGGUGGAGGUGGACUUAGAUUUCAGUGGAUAGGACAGAGGUUUUACUUUUAGUGCAAAGAUGGAGGAUUAGUAUCCUGAAAAGGAAGUACUAAGGUUGAAGUUGAAGUUGCACUUGCAGCUUUAAUGUGUCUUCUGUUUGUAUGUGUAAUGGCCUCUUAAUUUACAUGAAUAUGUAAUUUUAUCCCUCAAGAUCCUGCCUUGUUCAGGAUGGACUGUGCUUACAAAAACAAUCUGUUCAGUAUUUUUUUAAUCUUCAUUGUGUAGUCAUGUAUUGUAAAAAUUUCUGCAAGCAUUCAUAUCUUCUAGGAAAUACAAUCUCAGUGUCCAUAUGGACCAUGCUGUGAUACAUCGUGUACUGCUCAAAUGCUUCACAAACUUGUCUGAGUUUGCUUUCUCAAGUUGUGGUGCUGGUCUGUAACAUGUGAACUUUAGUUUUUGGCCCCUGUUUCUCAAGUGUUCAGAGGUUUGGGAUGCUUUUGAGGUUUUUUUCUUUCAAACACUUACAAGUCAAGUGCCAUAAAAAUGCUAAGUGUUUUGCACAAAAUGUAACCUAUAGUUGAUUGCUUUUCUUGUGUGCCAGUCAACCCUGAUGUGAUCUGGCUCUUACCAGUAUUUCUUCCUAGUUGGCCUUAUCAAGAGAAUCUUUUUCCUGUAGGCAUCAUUUUCCAUCGGUCUUCCUGCCUCCUCCUAAAUAAGCCAGGGACCUACGUGCAGUCUUUUUGUGGCAUUUUUUUCGAGGUAUGAGUUGCAACUGUGCUGUUUGCUGGAGAGGGCAUACCCUCUCUGUGGCAAAAAUAGUACGUGGCAGUGUAAGGACUGUUUUAUAUACGUCCACAGAGAGGUAAAAUGUUUAAAUUUACAGCCCUCUUUGACUGAAUAGAAGUCCUAAAUAGUAACAGACGAAAGGGAAAAGCCAUUGUACAGAAGCCUCUUGUGAUUUCACAGGGCUAAGUGGCAAAAUUGUGGAGCCCUUGAAUGCCCAGCUUCUUGUCUGAGGAUUUGUGUUUUUUGGGGGUUUUUGUUUUUUUUUUCUUUAAUGGAGUUAUUGAGGUGAUUUGUUUCAAAGCCUGCUCCUACCUGUGACCAAACUGUAGGCAUCUGCAUCAGGAACUGUGUGUUUUAAUUGCAGUCACUAACGAAACAUAGUCUUGGUAGUGUAAUCUGGGACAACAUGAUGGGGCUGCCACAUUCUGGUUGCAAAACUGAGGUACUUCAGGUCAUAUGGCAGGGAAUGGAUUGGAAGAUGCUUCCUGCUAACCUUUUCUUGGGUAGCUGUAAGUUGAGUAGUGCCCAUAUUUUGGAUAUUCUGGCCUUAGGUGCACAGAUCUUUGUUUAGCUGUGGAGUGAUUUACAGCAGCAGAAGCCUGUCAACCUCUUUCAAAGAGACAAAGAAGGUGGGUUGCAAUUUUCUGAUAGAUUUCUCGUAUUUGCUGGGUGGCAGAGAAUUGAGACAGUUCUUCCAUGGGUGGAGUUUUCUUGUACAUCCACCUGUCUCUCUUAAUUUUGUCUCUGAGCUUCUGCAUGUGCUUCUCAUCUGCUUGUUCUGCAGAUUGCAUCUGUUCCUCUUGUUCUUCAGCUUUCUGCGUCUGACUUCUGUGGUGCCUGGAGGGCUUCAUUCCUCUGUUCUCAUGCCCAGUUCCUCUGCCUACUGUGGGAAGCAGUCAUGGGGAGGGGUCUCCUCUACUGUUCUGUCCUCAGCCUCCAGUGUUUCCUAGGACUUGUGUGUACCUAGGAGUGUGUGUACCAUGAUCAAAAUCUCAGCUGUUUCUGCUGCCUUCCUUAAAUAAGCCUCUUCUAUCUUGUGCAAGUGCUGAUCUCCCUCUGCUCCCAUCUGGCUUCUAACUAGACUUGAAUUGAUAUUACAGCAAAACCCCUCUGGCACUGUUGGGCUCCAGCACUCCUUACCAAACUGAGGGUUAGGAUGUAAAGGAGUCGUUUGAACAUUACAGUAGAAUUAUAGAAUAAUUUUGAUGUUUGCAGACCACAGCAUUUUUCCUUUGUAUAUGAAGGGAAACUGCAACCCUUUUUCUUCACUGGAACUUUAAAAGGCACAAAACAGAUCCUGAACUGAACUGGAGCUUGAUGUAAAAAUCAACAAGUAGAGGGUGGGAAGGAUUCUGGAGGCAGGGGCUUCAUAGCCAGAAGAGCAGUCAGGCCCUCCUGACUGCCUUGCCCUGUUAGUGGCUCUGUGGAGGUGCUGAUGUGUAAGGGGGGAUGUGUGCGGUGAUGCCAUCCACUUGUAAACAGGAUGGUUUAGAACACUGGAACUGUAGGUUUUCUCGCUGCUGCUUUAAAAUGUUGCAGUAUAUGAACCUUAAUUUUUGAGUGCUUAUUGAAGUCAGAGGCUUAAUGACUUUUGAAAUGCCCAUUGCUAUUCUCACAUUUUAUUAGCUGACCAUCUUUUUCUGUUGUACUGAUUCCAUAUGGCUUUAGGUGAGCAUUUUGCAGAGGCCAUUUGAAAUGCUUCAUUAAUGGUUUCUGUUGUACUUUGUUAUGUCCUGGGCACUGGGUGUGUGGGGGGGUCUGUCUUUAGCAAUAAAUAUUAUACACUAUGUGUAUAUCUGUUUAUAUAUGGAAAACAAAUACAGAGCAUGUAACGAUGGUGAAAAUACACUGCACGGAGUGCAGAUUGUGCAUUUGGCAGCCAUUCUGCACCAGCCUGAACGACUCAUGAAAAAUUGGAGACCAUGGGGAGAAAAUGAACUAGCGUGAAAAGAAUCAUUCAGGACUGAAUUUCCCUUUCCAUACACACUUGUCCUGUGUGUAAGCAGUGGAUAAGCCAGCCCUACUCUGUGGGUUGGAUAACUAAAGCUAGUUCAGUUGCUGUUUGCUUCAAACAGCAGCCUUCCUUAAAACUGGCUGGAGCCUCCUCUGUUCAGCUGUAGCUCGUUCAUCAGUGUAUUGUCACUAAACACUCUGAGAGAGGCAGCACUGCACUAUGAUUAAAUCUUCUAUGAGAGAAGCAAAAUACUUCUGUGAUUUGUUUUUUAUAAUAGCAAUAAUGUUGACUGCAUUCUAAUAACUCACAAUAAAGGUCUGUUGAGAUUGUUA